UUGAAAAAUAACAUGUGUUGGGGUCUUUGCAUGCUUUUUCAUGACUUCAUGCUACAUAUGGUUGUCAUGAGAGCUAUGAUUCGGAAUUCACCACAGGUUACUAAAUAGGCUGUGUUUUAUUUUUAACAAUUCUAUUCUCUGAAGUUCUGUCUUUUAAUCGCAUGGGCUGCAGUUUAAGCAUUACUGAACCAACUAACCAACUUGGUUUAUCCAAGAAUUUCUAAAACUAGGAAAAGUAGAGUUUGAUAUUUACUAAUAUUUAAUAAUCCUCAGAGACAGCUCUUUUCUAUAUUAUGGGUGCAGGGGUACAGCACUGACUACAUGGAACUAUCAUCAGAGUCUGGUUCUCUGCUUGGCUUUAUAUAGGUAUCCAACAGUUGAGGUUUUUAAAAAUUGUGGAUACUUGUCUUAUCACAGAGCUUUAGAAAUCAGAAAGUGGGUUGGACAAAUUAUGUACUUGAGCAUUAUAAAGAAAGUGUUCAUUUCAUAAUUUUGUAAUUAAACAUCCCAGAAUAAAAUAUUUCUAAACAGGCAUUAUGAUGUCUUGAGAUGUUAGUUAACAAUGGGCUGAAUCUGAGUGAUCAACUGAGGGUUCUGAGCUCUCUCACUGUGAGCCCUUCCAACCUGCAUGUGGGGAUUUAUGAAAUCCUGGGCCUUCGGUCAGCUCCUACCAAUCUAGUGGCUCUCAAGGAUAGUACGUGAUACGAGUGAGCAAGCAUUCCUCUAAAGGUGCUGCAAGCCUCUGUUCUUAAUUUAUGGGGGAUUGUUGAAGUUGGGUGUCAUAAUCCUGCACUACAAGGUUAUUUCACCUAUUUCAAUUAAAACUCCAUAAUCAUUGUGCCCCGACAACACUUUCUCUUUAAUGAUCCUGCAUAAAUUGUUGGCUAUCUAUACUGUUGUUUUGUUGUACCUCCUGUAGCAGAUGACCCUAGUCUAGAAGUCUUGAUGGCAUUUUAUAAUUGACAAAGACUGUUCUAUUUUCCCUUUUCCUCUUUUUCAGAAGGUAACAUGCAUCAGGGCAUUGCUGAAUUUUAUGUGAAGGAUGAUGCAGGGAAGGAGUGCAGGAUAGAAUUGCUGACUUCCCCUAAACCACUACAACAGUCUCAGACAGACAGUGAAUAGUCCUGUUUCAGACACACAUUUUGUUAUUUUUUUAUGGUAGAAAGUUAUUUUAACCGUGUUCUUGGACAUACAUGUGUUAUACAGUCAGCACUCGGAUAUCCGUUACCCAGAUACACGUCAGUCGUGUUGUACCGCCCUUGUAUUAAAAAUAAAAUCAAUCUCCAUUAUAUAUAUGUAACAAAUGAAUGCACUCACCUGUCACACACGAUUUCCAACUCCGUCACUAGUUUUCUGAUACAAAGCCCAUCUCUUCAGUGUUACAAUUCAUUUGAAUAUCCGUCACAGCCUGCGUUUUUUUCUUUCUCUCGCAUGCCAAAUCAGUGUGUCUUAUAUUGUGCAGUUACACAAGCGCUUCCUCCAGUUUCACAUGACGAAAAUGCAGCCACAACAAAGUGAACGAGACAAGCUACGGAUUGGAUUGCCCUGGUCAAAGUAGCAACAGCUGCUGCCAAGAACAAAGGAUCCUGUAAACCUCGUACCAGUGCCAACAGCAAUAAAGACAAGGAGGAAAGGAGAGCAGGAAGGGCAUCGCCAGGGAAGGAGGGAGAAAGCGCUUCUCUGGAAGAGAUGCAGGAUGCACAGGAAUCAGUGGGAGCGCCUGGUCCCACUGAGAAAUUAGAUAAAAUGGAUGCUUCAAUAGAGGCAGAACCUAAGCAAGCCGCAGAACAACCUGAACCAGUAAAAGGAAAGAGGAAGAAAAGCAGCCAGGGCAGCUCAUUCCAAGCAAAGAGAGCUCGUCUUAACAAAAUCACAGGUCUGCUAGUUUCAAAAGUUGUUAAUGAAGAUGAACACGAGAACAAAGAAGAAAGUGAAGUUCCCCAGAUAUCUGAAAAGGAACCUUCAGCAAGCACAGAAGAUCAAGAAAAAACUGACACAGAAGCCACCUCCUCUCCACCAAUUCAGAAACAUGUUUUACCUUCUGCCACACCUCCUGCCCCAGUGAAGUCUCGAAACAGACGUCUGAAGCAUGAUUCGGGAGAGUCUACAGGCAGCCAUAAGCAGUCAAAGUCAUCCUGUACUGUGUCACAAGAGGAAGAGUCAACUCCCGUAGCUGAGUCUGCAUCUGCCCCCACUCCUACCCCCACCCCCAGCCCUAGCCCUACAGAGACCCCACAGAUGGCGCUUCCUCUACCUACCCCUGCCAGCCCUCCCAGACCCUCGGAACAAAGCCAACGACGAAGGCGAUCCCAGCGUCUGGCCACUUUUAUACCUGAUCCCUUCUGUGAACCAGUGCACUCCCUUCCUUCAGCCAGUGAUGGAAAAAUACUUACCCAGAAACCACAGUCUCAACAGGACCUUCCUGUACCUGAGGUUUUAGAUACCACCUCUAUUGCUCCGGAGAAGCCUGAACUACCCCUAGACCUUAGUAAAAGUGCGUCAGUUGCUGCAACACCCCCACCACCAGCACCGCCUCUACCAUCCCUCCAGCCCCCUGAAACUGAGAAGGAAGAAUCCCCUCCUUUGAAAAUGCCAGCUGAUGAAAAAACAGCUUCCCCCACAACAGCUGCUGCUUUAAAAGGUGUUCCCAAGCCGCUGAAACCAAACAAACAUGCAAGGGAACCCAUAAUUAACACCAAAAAGCCUGAGGAUCCAUCAUCCCCUAAGGAAGCCCUGAUAGAUUUAGACCACAAUAAGUUGAAGUGUAAGAUUCCUGGCUGCUCCAAAGCCUUCCGGAAGGCCAAGCUGCUGGAUUACCAUCUGAAGUAUUACCACAGCAUGGACAAGGAGACGGAGUCUGAGACUGUCUCUCCAGAGCGAGCAGUGCGCACUCGAGCAGCCUCUGCCUCUGUCCCUGAGUCCACUGCCCCAGAAAGUCACGAUGCAAAGAGACGGCGCACUGUGUCAACCUCCGCUUCCCUAUCAUCUCACGUCCAUGCCUUACAAUUGGAGUCACCUUUAAGUACUGGUCUGAAACCCUCAAAGUGCAGUAAGAAGAAGCGCCCCUCUGCCUCGUUGAGCUCUGAUGGGACAGACGCUCAGUUUGCAGUGCCGCCCUGCGAGAAGGGCUUUGAGAGUCUUCAUGAAAAAAUACUGAAGAGAGUCAUUGAAAAGGACAAGCAUGCCGAACCUGGAAUAUUAAGAAGUGAAAAGAAAAUAAAACUUGAAGAAAAAAGUCAAUCAAUAGGUAAAAAGAAAGACAAGGAACGGAAAGAGAAAAAGGAAAAGGACCCUUUCAAAGUUAAACAGAAAAAGAAGAAAAAGAAGAAAAAGAAGUCAAAGCAGCACAAUUAUUCAGAUUUUGAAGAUAUCUCGCUGGCCUUUUUGGAAAGGUGCACCUCUCCAGUCACUCGUUCUUCUGGUAACACCUUGGCUCAGCGCAAUACCUCCUCCUCCAAACACACCUCCUUCCAGUACCCUCGAGCCAUUCUGUCUGUGGACCUCACUGGGGAGAACCUCUCUGACAUUGAUUUCUUGGAAGACUCCUCGACUGAGAGCUUACUGCUAAGUGGGGAUGAGUAUAACCAGGAUUUCGAUUCCUUUAAUCUUGAGGAUUCUCAAGAUGAAGAUGAUGCAGCCAAUGAAAUUGUGCGCUGCAUCUGUGAAAUGGAUGAGGAAAAUGGGUUUAUGAUUCAGUGUGAAGAAUGUAUGUGCUGGCAGCACAGUGUGUGUAUGGGAUUGUUGGAAGACAGCAUUCCAGAGCAGUACAUCUGUUAUGUCUGCAGGGACCCACCAGGCCAAAGGUGGAGUGCAAAGUAUCGGCAUGACAAAGACUGGCUUAAUAAAGGGCAUAUGUAUGGGCUGUCAUUUCUCAGCGAGAAUUACUCUCAUCAGAAUGCAAAAAACAUUGUCUCCACACAUCGGCUGCUGGCUGACGUGUACAAUGUAAAAAAAGCACUUUGUGGACUACAGCUCAAGUUGGAUAUAUUGCAGAACAAACACAAUCCCAACUUGCACCUGUGGGCCCGAUCAUGGGUGAAUUCAGAUAAAGAGCAGCCAAUGGGAGGUUUUCCAGAGUGCAUACAUCACCAGGAAAGGAUAGCAGACUGUAUAAACCACAACUCUAACCAAAAAGCAGAAGACACCUAUAUCACUAGUGAGCACAGUUACCAGAAGCCACCAGGGUUUGGGCUCGAGCACAACACAGCCACUGAUUUCAUGAGCUCCGACGGGGAAGAUGCUGUCAGGCUUGAUGAGGGGCCAGAGGCCAUGUCUGAAGUGGGCACAAACUCUGUGCCAAAAGAACAGGAAAGCACGGAAGAAGCUUCUUCAGAAGUUUUGCAUGAAAACACUACAGAUAAAGGGGAGUCCGACAACCAGGCAAGGACUCUUCUGCAGUGGCAGGUAAACCUCCUGACCCACAUUGACAGUGUGCAGAACCAGGUCGCUGGAAGAAUGGACCUGAUAGAAAAAGAACUAGAUGUAUUAGAAAGCUGGUUGGAUUUCACUGGGGAGCUAGAGCCACCGGAGCCGCUGGCAAGGUUGCCUCAGCUGAAACGCAGGAUCAAACAACUCUUAACAGACCUUGGAAAAGUACAGCAAAUGAGUACUCUCUGUUCUGUUUGAUUCCAGCAUGCAUCUGGAGCAAGGGGCCAUGAAAGAGCUACAUUGUCACAGUGCAAUGGACCCUUUAGUUUUCUCGCUGGGUGCUUUAAGUAAAAGCCAGGUGGGCGAAAAAGUCAUCUUGUCUGAUUUGUCAUUCUUGAAUGCAGAAUAGUUUGUGGCUUGUGAACAGUGUUGUGAUUAGGAAAGAAUAUAACAGCAUUCAUUGGCCUGGCUGCACAAAGAUGACUUUAUGAAAAUAGACCACAUGGUCAUAUUGGUAACAUAGAAGAAUCUCUGUGGCUAACUUGCUAAAAGCAAGCUGGAGCUGAAUAAACAGAAAACUGGAAAGUGCUUGGACAUCACAUAAAGUGCAUCAUUGAAAUUGGUGAGUGCCACACACAUUACAGUGGAUAUCAGCUCUGAUCACAUAUGUAUCAUACAGGGAAGGUAUAGUGGCUGUAGAAUUAGAAUAAUGCUGGAGCUACAUGAAUGUUGGGCAAAUGUAGCGAAUAGAUAUAAACUGGAGCCACAGAAUACCUAAUGACAGUAGGAUACUGCUAUGAAGAAAUAAGUUCGGGCAACAAAGAUCAGUUUGUUGAAGACAUUGAAAAAGACUUCUAGUUUCUUUAAGUAUUUCUAAAUAUGUGAAUAAGUACAGGCUACGACUACAGAAGUAAUUGAAUGGAACCCGGUCAGUGCCACAUACAGCCUAAUGGACGUAUGCUAAAACCACGGCAGGAAACACAAUGGAAGCGACCUAUGGGCAGAGGAAAUGGGGCGCAGACAGCCUCAACGAGAAACCAUUUCAAUAUUAAACUUACACAAAGCUGGUGUUUAAAGUUCCAACAAAUUAUUAUUGUUUUGUUUGUUUUUUUUUAAGAGGGAUGUUUAUGAGGCUGGAAGAAUGUAAAAUCACCCUCUUUCAAAAUGCACCCAAAGCAAUUUUUUGUAUCAUUGUAAUGUAUUGUUAUAUUAGUGGUCAUCCUGUAUUGUGCCAACUGUAAUGACUUGUAUCAUAUGGAGGGUGUUUUGAAAAAGUAUACAGUUUGUUAACAAGGCUCUGAUAUACAGAGGUGCUGCAGAAGAUUUUGAUCUUUUUACACCCAGCAUAAUGAUUGGAAAAGAGUUGAAAGAACAAAAUACCCUCAUUGAAGUACAAAUGUAAACUGAAGCCUGGAACGAUUCAGAGGAUGUUUGUACCAUCAGCAGCUACCUCGUUUCAAUCCCGGGGCCUUCUGCAGUCUGGGUGCUUCCAGACUUUGCUAGACUUAUAUAUAUAUAUAUAUAUAUAUAUAUAUAUAUAUUACUACAGGUUUGAAAGGAGGUAUAACUGCAGUAUACAAAAAAAUGAUUUUCUUUUUUUUGGGAUAUACACAAAAGGUUUGUUUCAGACAAAAGCCCUUCUUCAGCUGUGUGGAAAUAAAAGUAAACAAAGAAAUGUACUGCACUGUGUUGACUUUUCUUUCUACACAGCUGAAGAAGGGCUAUUGAAACAUCCUGAAAUAAUAAAAAACACAAAAUCCAUUUAAUCAUUUAAACCUUGUGUACAUCCACAAAAAACCUUUUCAUUUUUUUAGACUUACUACAGCAGGCUACAUGCAAACUGGUGUGUAUGCACAGUUUUUUUUUAGCAACUGUAGACAAAUAUACAUAUUAGAGACAUCUAAACUAAUUUAAAAAUAUACUUGAAAAAAAUGUAUGCCUCAGUUUAUUCAGCAGUUCUAGUUAUCUGUAUAAAAUGCAUUUUAGAACUGGUACAUACUACAUACCUACUGUACAUUCAGAAUUUAUUUAACUGCAAACAAGACUGUUCUUUAUGUAUUGUACAACUUUAUGCAAAACUGUUCAUUAAAAAAAUAUUCUGUACAUUUA